AUGACGACGAGGCCUUCUGUUUUUUCCACCGUUGUCGCGGCGAUCGCCAUCGCCGCGCUGCUGAGCAGCCUCCUCCUCCUGCAGGCUACCCCGGCCGCGGCCAGCGCGAGGGCCUCGAAGAAGGCUUCGUGCGACCUGAUGCAGCUGAGCCCGUGCGUCAGCGCGUUCUCCGGUGUGGGGCAGGGCUCGCCAUCGUCCGCGUGCUGCUCCAAGCUCAAGGCGCAGGGCUCCAGCUGCCUGUGCCUCUACAAGGACGACCCCAAAGUGAAGCGCAUUGUCAGCUCCAAUCGCACCAAGAGGGUCUUCACCGCGUGCAAGGUGCCCGCGCCGAACUGCUAA